AUGGCUCACAGCGCUCUGGCCGUCUGCGCGCUUUGCCUCCUGGCCCUCUCGUCGGCUUGCUACAUCCAGAACUGCCCCAUCGGAGGGAAGCGGUCCGUCCUGGACAUGGACAUCAGAAAGUGCCUGCCUUGUGGGCCAAGGAACAAAGGCCACUGCUUUGGCCCCAGCAUCUGCUGCGGGGAAGAACUGGGCUGCUACUUUGGGACCUCGGAGACCUUGAGAUGCCAGGAGGAGAACUACUUGCCCACGCCCUGCGAGUCUGGCCGCAAGCCGUGCGGCAACACGGGUGGGACCUGUGCAGCCGAGGGGAUCUGCUGCAGCUACGAGGGCUGCAUGAUGGACUCAUCUUGUGACCAAGCCUCCAUGUUCUCCUAG